AUGUUCACGGGUCCACUGAAAGGCAAGUCAGAGCCAGAAAAGUGUUCAUAUUUGAUGCUGUGGGUAGGCGAAAAGGGGAGAAAUAUUUUCUCAACCUGGACAAUUGACCAAAAUGAAGCUAAGAAGCUGGAGACAUAUUACACACGUUUUGAAACGUAUGUAAAGCCUAGAUCAAACAUAAUUUACAACAGAUACAAACUACAGUCAAGAAAACAAAACGAAGGUGAGACUUUUGAACAUUUUGUAACCGAUUUACAGGUAUUGGUAAAAGAUUGUGAAUACGCAGACAACGAAAACGUAGUUAGAGACCAGAUUGUGUUUGGAAUCAGAAACCCAAAAGUACGUGAAAAACUCAUGAGUAUUGGUUCAACUCUUACGUUAGCUUUGGCAUUAGACUGUGUUAGAAAUUAUGAAAUGAGUCAUACUCAGGCACGGACAAUAAAUGAAGCUUCCUCAGGCACGGCGGCCUAUGUGAAUGUUAUCCGGAAAGGAAACAAAAGUAAACACAAGCGCAAGGAAGAAACACGUAAAGAAUAUGCACCGAAAGAAAAAGAGAUCUUGUGCUCUAAAUGUGGAUAUCCGAGCGCUCAUAAAUCGUGUCCAGCGUCAGGGCAAACGUGUAAAAAGUGUGGACGAAAAAACCACUUCGCUCGAAAGUGUAGAACUCCGAAAAUGGACAAAUUACACAACAAAGUACAUACGGUAGACCAAAACGAGUACACGGAUGUCAGUGACGAAGAAACAUUAUUUGUGGGAUACCUCGAAGUAAACACUUUGACAGAAAGUGGAGACCAACAGUGGGUUGAAACUAUUGAAAUAGGAGGGUCCAAAAUAACGGUACAACUGGAUACCGGUGCACAAUGCAACGUAAUACCAUUAGAUAUGAUGAAAUCAAUGGAAAAUGUUGACAUGAAUCUAAAACCAUCCACACCGAUGAGAUCGUUCUCGGGACACAAAAUCAAGCCGAAAGGUAAAGUAACAUUACCAUGUAAACACAAAGAUAAAAUGUAUCGGCAGGAUUUUCAAGCGGUGGAUCAAAAUGUGAAACCAAUUCUCGGGGCUGAUGCAUGUCAAGCUAUGGGACUGGUGAAAAGAAUCCAUAGUGUUGUGUCGGGUAGUACAAAUCACAUUCCUGAUGAUAUACAGAAACAGUAUGGACAUGUGUUCAAAGGCAUUGGAUGCAUGCCAGGUACGUAUAGCAUCAAGGUUGACCCGAACGUCAAGCCAGUGAUACAUCCACCCAGAAAAAUACCUAUUUUUCUAAAAGAAAGGGUGAAAGAGGAACUCGAGUCGAUGGAACGACAAGGAAUCAUCGUGAAACAAACAGAACCUACACAAUGGGUAAAUUCAAUGGUUACUGUUACGAAACCCAACGGAAAAAUACGAAUCUGUAUUGACCCCAGUGAUCUUAACCAAGGUAUACAGCGUGAACAUUACCCCAUGAAAACAAUAGAUGACAUCAUUGCGGAAAUUCCCAAUGCAAACGUGUUUUCAAAGUUAGAUGCACGGUCGGGUUUUUGGCAGCUCAAGUUGGACGCUGAAAGCACCAAACUAUGUACAUUUAACACGCCAUUUGGCAGAUACAGCUUUACCAGACUGCAAUUUGGUAUAAACUCUGCCCCUGAAGUGUAUCAGAGGGCUGUGUCAUCUAUGAUUAGUGAUAUUGAAGGCUGUGAAGCUGUUGUUGAUGACAAUUUGAUUUGGGGUGAAUCUAUGGCUGAACACAACGAGCAUUUUGUAAAGGUACUUGACAGAGUCCAGGAAAAUAAUCUGAAACUUAGUGAGGACAAAUGUCGUUUCAGACAGUCAAGUAUCACGUACGUUGGCCACGUACUGUCGUCAGAAGGCGUAAAACCUGACGAAGAAAAAGUACGCGCUGUUCGUGAAAUGAAACGACCUAUGACGAAAAAGGAACUUCAAACAUUCCUUGGAUUUGUGCAGUAUAUGGCCAAAUUUAUACCCAACAUGUCGGAAAUAAGCGCACCUCUACGAGGACUCCUGAAAAAAGAAGUAGAGUGGUGCGGGGAGCAAACACAGGAAGAAAGCUUUCAAAAGCUCAAGAGUAUGGUAACACAGGCUCCAGUGUUAAAGUACUAUGACCCUAAAAAGGAACUUACCUUGACGGUCGACGCCAGUUCCAAAGGUCUUGGUGCAGCUAUACUGCAGGAAGGUCAUCCUAUAGCCUAUGCAUCGAGGGCCAUGACUUCGGCGCAGCAAAAUUAUGCUCAAAUUGAGAAAGAGACCCUGGCAAUCGCAUUUGGCUGCUCGAAAUUUCAUCAAUACAUAUAUGGGAGACGCGUACAUGUUGAAAGCGACGACAAACCUCUACAAUCCAUCUUUCGUAAACCCUUGAUGAUGGCUCCUCCGCGUCUACAACGUCUACUACUUACCUUACAAAAGUACAACUUGGACGUCAUCUUCAAACCGGGCAAGGAAAUGUUCAUCGCAGAUACGUUCAGCAGGGCAUACUUACCAGAUAGUGCGGAUGAUCUAGUACCGGAUUUGUCUGUGAAUGUCGUAUCCGCAUAUCUUCCGCUCUCGCCAGAAAAGUAUAUAGAAUUCCAGAAGGAAACGGCUAAUGAUCACGAGUUACCGAUUCUACAAGAUGUGGUUCUAGAAGGUUGGCCAAGUGAUAAGAGGGAAGUGCCACAAGAGGCUCGACCCUACUGGCCAUUCCGAGAUGAAAUAUCAUGUGUUGAUGGCCUGUUGUUUAAAAAUCACAAGGUCAUAGUUCCAAAAUCUCUGCGUGAAAAAAUGCUGGCCUUAGCGCAUAAGUCUCAUUUGGGUAUAGUGAAAUGCAAGUCAAUGGCAAGAGACACCCCAUAUUGGCCAGGAAUGAGUGUUGAAAUUGAAAAUAUGAUUCAAAAGUGUAGUGUGUGUGCAGAGGCCUCGCGAAAGAAUCCAAAGGAACCACUCAAGGAAACAGAAAUUCCGGACCGUCAUUUUAACUGA